AUGGCUACAUUUCUGUUUUCGCGCCACAAUCCUCUCUCCGCGUCCGCCUUUCUUCCCGUCUCCCCCAUUCGCCCAAACCCCCCGGCUCUGCUUUUGCUCCCCUGCCGCUUCAUACCGCCUUGCUUGCGUGCGUCCGCCCGCUAUGGCGGAAACUUCUUCUCUGCGGAGGUCGUUCCGCGCGGACUUAGCGCAGGGCCUUCCCGCCAUCGCCGCGGUAAACCCCAUCGCGCUUCGUCGAGGAGAAAUCCCGAACGAGCGGCUCGCGCAAGGAGUCAACACGCGGAACGCGCGGGAGGAGCGGCGGCAGGCGCGGGGGAAGAACACGCGCGGAAGGAGGGGGUAAGCGGAGAUCACCUAGCGGGGCGGACGGUGCUAGUGACGGCGCCUGCGCCGUACGAUGCGGCGCUGAGCGCGGCAGUGCGCGCAGCAGGCGGGGAAGCAGUGGCGUGCAGUAUGGUGGCGACUGACGUGGGCGAUGAGGCGUGCCGGCGAGCAGUGGAACGAUUCCUUGAUGUGGCAGCCAUAGCGUUCACAUCGCGCAAUGGCAUCACGGCCUUUGCGAAUGCGGUGCAGCGACUGCCACAGCACGCGCUGCCAGCUGCAUGGAGAGCAACAGUCGCUCCCAGCCAACCCCAGCAACCCCUACAACAGCAACAGCGACUGCAGCAAAGCGAGGAGGAACAGAGGCAGCAGGACGAGCAGGAACAUCAGCAGCAGAGCACCACACCCCUCAGCACCGCGCCAUGCUCUCCUCUCCUCAUCGGCGCUCUGGGCCGGGACGCCGAGCUGCUCUCCUCUCUCGGCCCCAUCGUCUCCCACCCCUCCACACGCCUCGUCCUGCCACCUGUCGCCACGCCAUUGGCCCUAGCAGACGCCCUGGGUCCAGGGGACGGGCGCAUAGUAGCAUGCCCUGUGCCGCGGGUGGAAGGGCUAGAAGAACCCCCAGUGGUGCCUACUUUCCUGCGUGCUUUGGAGCAAAGAGGCUGGCGAGUGCUGCGCAUUGACUGCUAUGUCACCCGCUGGACUGGCACCCGUGCCCUCAUGCCCGUUCUUGCUGGUGCCAUUAAUUCGCAAGGCGGGGGAGAUACUAGUGGGGACGGAGAGGGAGGUGAGUUGGGUGAGUUACGAGCAGCAGAAGGGGCGGUGAACAUGCACCCGUCAGUGGCUGCCGUGGUGUUCUCAAGCACAGCAGAGGCACAGGGCUUUGUGGCCUGCUGCCAUGCCAUGGGUGUGCACCCUCUGCGCUUCCUGGGCAGACACGAAUCGCAACCUCCUCAUUCCCCUCCUGGUGUUGAUGCUGCAGACGGCAGUGGGGUGAGCAGGCGGGGGGUGGUGGUGGCAGCGCACGGGCCGGUGACAGCGGAGGGGAUGCGCAAUGCGGGGUUGCCUGUGGACGUGGUGAGCCAGCAGUUCAGCAGCUUUGCAGGUGUUGUGGAUGCCCUUGCUGCACAUCUUGCUCACUUGGAUUGA